GAGCUGUAGGUGUUCCGCUUUCCCUGCAAUAUUUCGUUGAUCAGACUUCAGAUUGAGAGAAUGCAAGAUGGCUGCCGCCUCAGGCUCCAGGUGAGGGUGCCACUCUGAUACUCUCUCUCUCGCUUUCUCUCUCUGUCUCUCUCUCUAUCUCUCUCUCUCUCUGUCUGUUGUGGCUGCCUGAAAACCAGUACUGCAUCUUCCCCGCGGAGACGCCAUGUCCUCCACGUCGUCCUGCUCUUCUUCGGGAGAGACGAGCCCAGAGGACAUUCCCCGGGGAGGAGGAACCAUCCGUGUCUACCUCCCCAACAAACAGCGCACAGUGGUGAACGUGCGUCCAGGUCAGACAGUGUAUGACAGUCUGGACAAAGCGCUCAAGGUGCGAGGCCUCACUCAGGACUGUUGUGCUGUUUUUCGCCUACUCGAAGGUCGUAAAAGGCUCACAGAAUGGAACACUGACAUCACGCCUCUUGUCGGAGAGGAGCUUCUCGUCGAGGUUUUGGACGAUGUCCCUCUCACCAUGCACAACUUUGUUCGUAAAACCUUCUUUAAAUUAGCGUAUUGUGACUUCUGCCACAAGUUCCUAUUUAAUGGCUUCCGGUGUCAAACGUGUGGCUACAAGUUCCACCAGCACUGCAGCAGCAAAGUGCCCACAGUCUGUGUGGACAUGGACACCAUGAAACGGUGUGCAGUUGAAGUUGUCACUGGUGAAGUUGUGUCCGUUCCUAUCCCCUCUGUCAUCCCUUUAACACCUGAUCCUGCUGGUUCAACGCUGCUGUCACCAGCCUCGGCGUUCCACUUCCCCAUGCCGGGAGGGGACGGUCAGUCUCUGCAGAGGCUUCGCUCCACCUCAACCCCCAACGUUCAUAUGGUCAGCACGUUGGGGCCUGGAGCAGCUAACGUCAUUGAGGAGGCAUUAAAAUCCAACAGCCCAAUGGCUUCUCCCACAGGGCCAGAAUCCUCUCCAAAACCCUCUACCAGUCCGCCUCACUUGGGUUCUCCUGGUCGGAAACCACCUAAAUCGCCCCCGGAGCGCAAACCGCUAAUCCUUGAUGGAAAAAGGGAAAGAAAUCAGCGUUACAGAGACUCAAGCUACUACUGGGAAGUGCCCUCACACCAAGUGACCAGGCAGAAGCGCAUAGGCACCGGCUCCUUUGGUACCGUCUUCAAGGGCAAGUGGCACGGCGACGUGGCCAUUAAGAUCCUGAAAGUGACUGAGCCGACGCCAGAGCAGCUCCAGGCCUUCAGGAAUGAAAUGCAGGUCCUGCGGAAGACACGCCACGUCAACAUCCUGCUGUUUAUGGGCUUCAUGACGAAGCCGCACUUUGCCAUAAUCACGCAGUGGUGCGAAGGCAGCAGCCUCUAUCGUCACCUGCACGUCACCGAGACCAAAUUCGACACCAUGAGACGCAUUGACGUGGCGCGCCAGACGGCACAGGGCAUGGACUACCUUCACGCCAAGAAUAUCAUCCAUCGGGACCUGAAAUCUAAUAAUAUCUUCCUUCACGAGGGUUGGACGGUGAAGAUCGGUGACUUCGGCUUGGCCACGGUGAAGUAUCGCUGGAGCGGCUCUCAGCAGGUAGAGCAGCCAAGCGGAUCCAUAUUAUGGAUGGCUCCCGAGGUGAUCCGCAUGCAGGACUCGAACCCUUACACCUUCCAGUCAGACGUGUACGGCUAUGGUGUGGUGCUGUUCGAGCUUAUGUCUGGCACACUGCCUUACUCCAAUAUUGGCAACCGCGACCAGAUCAUUUUCAUGGUCGGUCGAGGCUACCUGUCACCAGACCUUAGCAAGCUGCACAGUAACUGCCCCAAAUCCAUGAAACGUCUCAUUAUUGACUGUUUGAAAUUCAAACCAGAAGAGAGGCCACUCUUUCCUCAGAUCCUUGUGUCUAUCGAGCAGGUGCAGGAUCUCUUGCCCAAGAUCGAGCGCAGUGCGUCGGAGCCGUCGCUGCACCGUGCAGUUCACGCUGAGGACCUGAACCCGCUGCUGCUGCACACCACACGCUUCCUGCCUCUGUGAAACCAGAUGAUUCUGUACAAGAUUCUAUCCUCCACACACACACACACACACACACACACACACACACACACAUUCCUGCUGUGCAUUCCUCAGUAACACAUCAGCAAAACUUUCCAAUCAUUCCACUCACUGUUUGAACAAGUGGUCCUCUGAUAGGAUUUAUUCAGAUUCUUCCCUUCGCAACGCAAGUGCAUUCAACUCUCAGCUGAAAUCUGUUACAAUCUCAAUUUGAUUGUGGCCAUAUUCGCUUUAAAUUUACAGAGGUAAACUACCAUAAAGCGUUACUGAGUUAUAGGGAUACGUUUGUUUUGGUUUUUUCCCUGUUUUGGGGUUUUUGAUCACAUUACUAAUGAAACUCAUUUCAAUCAUCAUGUAUUGUUUCACGAUUGUAAACAUCUAAAACCUGCCUUUAGAAACACCAGUCGGUUUGCACUUUAAUGUUAGAAGUCCGUACAUGACGAGCAAACACUACACGUUUCCUAAAGCACAAGUACCUUCCUACUUUAAAAAAAGAAAAAAAAAAUUCGCACUCCUUUUCCUAAAGCUAAGGUUUGAUCAACUCAUCUUUAGUGAGCAUAAAUUGUCAUACAGUUUAUCCCAGUAAUGAGCAUGUACUAUUUGUUGUUACCAUGGUAACAAAGCAUUUUAUCCUUGCUCAUUUGAAUACCUUGCAGGAGCAACAACAAGAAGUAUUGCAAAAAUGUUUGUUUUUGUAACAAGGAGCCGUUGGCUUUGGGACAAUUGAGGGGAAAAAAGAGCAUUUUGGAAGCAUUUUGAGUGUUGUGAGAGGAGUUUCCUAUCAGAUAACCAGUCCUAGGUGCCAGGUGUUUGAUGUAGCUGAGUUUUCAUCGUAAAUAGAAAUGGCUUCACAAUGCACACAUCAUGUAACUAGUUUUGUACAGGUGCUUACGCUGCCAUGGCAACCGAUAGUUAGCUAAAGAUAGUAUAAAAUGAACCGAGGUUAUGAAUGGAUGUUUUUUGCAUGCUGUCUAGCAAACGGGGAAGGACAGUAUACAGGAAGUAAACUUACAUAUCCACAUAUACAUAACGAUCUUUUACCGUAUCUCUUCUUUGCAAAACCUGUUCUAUAUAUCGACUAUAUAAAAGCAAGCCUGUUGUGAACAUAUCCUAGCAAGAAUGCAAACAACUAAGCAAAAAACAAGCAAACAACUUAAGGGCCAUAAUAAGAUGCGCAAACGAUUAGCAUUUUCUUGAGGAAAUGCACGUCGCUAGUGAACAUGUAGCCGUUAACAAGAGACGGUGUUACUGAGUCAUCACGAGUGCAUCUGGCUGAUUAUUUCCCCGUGAGCAGCCCGUACAGAGUGUUUUUUGCACAGGCUUGGCAGAAGAGCCGAGUAGAUUUCAGUUCAGUCUGGACUGUGAAGCGGCACAGCGUGUGGCUCAGGAGCACAGAUGGGUGCAAUGAGUAAUGAUGCUGAUGAUGGUUUGCUCUGUAGUGCUAUUGUGUGCACAGACUGGAGAGGAACUAGACAUUUGUUAAACUGUGUGUGUGUGUGUGUGUGUGUGUUUAUACAGUCAGCUCCGGAAUUAUUGGUACUCUUAACAUUUGCAUCACACUGAAAAGAAAACUUGUGUCUAUCGAGCAGGUGCAGGAUCUCUUGUAUGUAUAUAUAUAUACAUACACACCAACUUGUCCUAACCUUUUAAAUUGAAGUGAAAUUGCCAAAAAGGUAAAUGACUCGUAAAUGUAUCACUUUCUUAAGUUCAUUUGACUGUUUAAAAUCAAUUAGGCGAUCAUCAAUAUAACUUCCUGUUUCCAGGGGUAUAAAUACAUGGUGACACAGAAGCCACAUUGCUGUCGUGCCAAUAAUACCGGAGCUUAGGUUUUUUAAAAGGUGUGUAUUUUCUACCUUAAAUCCCUUAAUGUCCAAAUUGCUCGCUCUUUUAUCUAUUAAUGUUGUUUUUAAUAUAUAUUCAUAUGUAGCUUUUUUUUUUCUUUUUUUAAUUAAUUCAUUAAUUUACCUUAACGUUAGCCAAAAUCAGUAGCUAGUGGUGUUUAGGGAAAAUUUAGUUUGAUGUACUGUAAAUACAAUGUCCAGUGGAACAAAAUGUAAGCGGUAUCGUAGUGAAAGCGUGAAUAUUGCUGGUAAUUUGUAACGAUCCUGAUGUCAUACAAAUAGUAGGAACUGUAAUGAACGUGAACAGUUUGUGUACAGUUUUGUUUUGCCUCGAAAGCAACCAUUUACAUAGUUUUUAUUAUACAAAUUGUGACAUCAUGUUACAGUAAAUUCGCAUGCCUCACUUUCAGCGCUUUAUUCAGCCACUAGGGGGCGUCGUAGAACACGAGCACUCAACAAUUUGCCUACCUUUUUUUUUUUUUAUUGGGCUGGUUACCCCAUACACUCUUCUUUGCGUUGGAGGAUUGUCAUUGUGAUGAGAAUGAGCUGUAUACACUUAACCUCUCUAUCCAAGGACACAGGAAUUCAAGCCUAGUUUUAUUUCUCUUAUAACCCAGCAGUUUCAGCAGUUGUAUAUUUAUUUAAGAAAAGGCAUUUUGUACUUUGUAGAUGGCUGCAAAUGAGCUGUUACUAGAGAAACCAGAACGUAUUAGAACAAGCAAAUUUAUUAUAAACCUGUGAUUUCUCACAGCUAGAAACAUCUAUCAGAGGUGAUGUUAUAGAUCAUCAACAGGUGGAGCUGCAUAUCAGAUGUGUUUAUUUCCCCCACUUUUUUUUUCACAUUUUAUUCACUCAAAUCUUUGCACCUGCAUUUGACCUUGUUCACUCGAUCUCUCAAAAUUCCCAAGGUGCCAUCAGUGUAACUCAGGUUCAGGUUCAGAACGAACAUUAAGGUGGUGUUUGGGAAGAGGAAAUCAACAAGCAGUCCAGAAAUGCAGGCUUUCUACCGCUCAUCACAUAUUGUGUACCGGCUGUGUCUAUUUUUUUUAUUAUUUAUUUUGCAAAAAUAAUUGAAGUGUGCUAAUUUAUAAGUUCUUGGUGUAGGAUGAAGAUUACUCAGUACAUUCGGUAGAUGAAAAAACGUGCUCGUUAGCUAAUAUCUGUAUGCUGCAAAUCGACUGGUGAACAUUUCUAAUUAACACACAACUCUUUAUUCACAAGCUUUCGGACAUCACAGCUGCCGUUACUGAACCUCCUUCUCAGGGGGUUCAGUCUCACACCGUUGUUGCAAUAAUUCAAAAUACCUGUAUAUGUAAGAGACAUUUUUAGAAAUAUUCAAACCCGAGGUGUUUGUGAGAUUUUGUUUGUGAGUUAAAAAGUUUUUUCGAGCAAGGUCGUGUUUCAUCAAGCUGAAUUGAACUGCUCCAAUUUCAUUAGUUAUCAGUUGUGUUUAACACAGACUUCAGUCAAGUAUGAUAAUUAAAAUGGAAUGAUAGAUCACUUGCAAUUUGAAAAAAUACAUACGUUUCUGAUAACUGAUGUAACCGCAGUGGAUUGUUCAACUCUAGAUUAAAUGAAAGAUGAUUUUUAUGCCAGUAUCUCUUAUUUUCAGUAAUGUAAUUAACAAUAUUAUUUUUUGUCCAAUAAUUUAAAAAUCAUUUCAGUGCUCCAUUCUUCGUACCUCCGGUUUAGCCAGGUAGGAUAGUUUUGUCCUUUCUUGGAAGCUGUUGUUGCACCAGACAACAAAGUUUAAAAGGUCCCCAAAGCAACUUAUUCAACGUAAACUAGACCGGAUUGCACAAAUAAAAAAGCAUUAUGUAAAUACAGAAGAUAGUGUGUGUUUAUAUAAAGUAUAUCUUGCAGCUGUUCAAUCAAGGUCAUUGCCAUUGAUUUUAACUCCUAAGCAAACUAAUUGUGGGACUGUGUAGGACUACAGCAUGUGUAUUCUUUGUCUAUUCAAAGUGGUGAUUGAACCAUGCCUUUACACAAUUAAGUAAUUAGUAAUUACAAUUACAUCCUUCACACCAUUUCCUUAGAUGAGCUGAAAUAAACCAGAAAAUACUGGCACAACUUUGCCAGUUUGAGAACUUAAUAUCAAAAACAUGGGCAAGCAUUUUGUUUUAAUAUCCUCUAGCCUCUAUAACAUCAUUGUCCUCUCUAGAGAUCCAGACUGGUCGUAUUUAGCCAUUGUUUACUCGCCGAUCAUGGUUUUGAUUCUCAAUCAACUCAACCCAGCUUUUACUAAUCAAGUUCUAAAGCGUGUGUGAGGAAUUUCAUCGAUUAGUAAAUCUUGCAUUGUUUCUGCUUGGGUUUGUUAAGCGGUGUACAAAGAAUGGAGACAUUUCCUUUAGGUAACAAAAAAUAAAACCUACAGAGAAACGGUAGUUAAAACUAAACAGCUUUUGCAGAGUUGCACAGUAAACAAUAAAUCACAAGGCAGUCUCAGUUUUUAUCUUUAAAAGCUUCUUAAAGACGUCUUAUGACACCAGUCACUGGGUGUGGCUUGAUCUAUAGUAGAUUUUUUAUUUUAUUUUAUUUUUUUUCAUUUGAUGGCUCUAAUCUAUUUAACAGCUGGCCAUCUGACGCACACUGUUUAAAAAUGCAAUACAGUUACAAAAACUUUACAAAAGGCUUCAAACUCCACUUUAACACAUCUGCUGUCAGGAAUCGCGGAGGGAAAAACGGGUCAAACUCUAAAAUCAAUCCACAGUUGUUUUUCUUCGCAAAGCAGAACACAACGAUCAACUUUUGUUCAAAGUUUUUUGCAUAUUUUAGGUGAAUUGCAAUAAUUUUCUUGUGUGUAUAGUUGAAGAGGUAUAAGGGGGUGUUUAAAGUUUGCAAUAAAUGUACUCUGCUGUGUACAGUUACAUUUCUUUCUUUUGUUUUGUUUUGUUUUUAGUUUUACUUUAAAUUGUACUUGUUCUAUUUUUUUGUGUAACGAUUUCCAAAAGAACAAAGUUAUUUAAAAAAAAGAAAAAGUAAAAGGAAAUCUUAGUAUUUUUUUAGGGUUAUUAUUUUUAUUUGGUCUUUAAAAAUAUGGAGGAGACAGGACUUUAUUCUUAAAAUAAAACGGUGGAAUCGUGAUGAA